AAUCACAACCCCAUCUUCAGUCUAGCAGGAUCUUAUCUCUGUCUCCCUUCGUAGAGGACGAGGAGAUGGCGAUAAAGUGAGUUACUGCAUAUUUGAUUAUUGGGCCUUUACCAUUUUCAGCAGACAACAGCUUACAGCAGCCAUGUGGAAAAUACCAAAGAGGUUUCCACUCACUGGUAGAUUGUGUUGCUUUCCCAAGGAUCCACUGGAGGAUGUUGAGGCUUGGACUGAGUCUGUGGACAAAGUCCUUGGUUGCAAAGCCGGACAGAUAGCUUUCCGGGAGUUCCUGAAGUCUGAGUACAGUGAGGAGAACAUACUGUUUUGGCUCGCCUGUGAGGAGUACAAAAAAAUCAAGACCGUCCCAGAGAUGAUCUCGUCUGCCAACAGGAUCUACUCAGAGUUUGUCCACUCAGAAGCACCAAGACAGAUCAACAUAGAUUGUGGUACCAGAGAAAACAUAACAAAGAACAUCUCCCAGCCGACCCUGACUUCAUUUGAUACAGCACAAAAGCUCAUCUACAGCCUGAUGGCCAGGGAUUGCUACCCGCGGUUCCUCAAAUCUGACAUCUAUCAGGGACUCCUGAGGAGAACCCAUUCAAGGUGACUGUUUUAAAACUGACAGCCUCUCAGAUGAGGGCUGGCGAAAUCUUCUCUCCAACUCUGAUCUGCUGUAGCACACUUUGAUUUCAGUGUGGAUAACAGGUUUAUGCCAUACAAUCCAGAUCCUAAGUGUAGCAGAAAUAGCUUUUCCCAACCUGUGUGAUUCAGUAGACAGUUACAGCUCAAGUGAAUUUGAGGUUUGUAUUAUACUUUAUAUCUUUAAUCAUGUUAAGGUUAAAAAAAUUAUUUAAAGAGACUGCGCACAUAAUUCUUCUGUGAUUAUCUAUCUUCUCUCCACCAACCUUUCAAGUUAAAAAUUAAAAAAGGAUUCCUUUAUUGUAAAGUAUUAUCAAAAGUUUAUACAAUUGAUUACGGAAAUACGAAUCCAAAAAUAAUAUGAGAAAUUCAGCUUUCACUUGCAAAUAAAUAUGAGUGUAUUGUUAAACUUCUCUUGCUUUUGUGUUCUAUCAAACAUUUUCUUGUACAUUUACGCUGUAGUUUUUGAAAUAUCUUA